UUUAUCUCCCACCAUGUUUUGACUUCCAUACGGUCACACUAGAGCAGGCACAUUCACUGACAAAACAAAAAGAAAUUGAAAUAAAAUAUUUGUAAUAUAUAAUAUGAGCUACAUAGAACAACAGAACGAUCCCCGCAAUCCCCAUGGACUUGGCGAUCCGAAUGACACAAAAUUGCGCAAGGUGGAGGUCGAGGUGCUGAUACCCAAGAUAAUGCGAGACCGGGCAAAGGCAGAGCUCUGCACCAAGGAAGUCGCAGAUUUUCAGGAGUGCUGCAAGACCAGCAGCAUCUUCAUGGUGGCCACCUGUCGCAAAGAGAACUCUGCACUGAGGGACUGCCUGACGCUCUGGUAUCAGAAUGAUGCCUUCAAGGAGGAGUGCAGGAAAAUCUAUCUGCAGGAGCGGUCAGACUACCGCAGCACCGGAAUACCCAAGAAGCAUCGCUUGGAGAAACUCUAGUACUUAGUUUUGUUAUUAUUUUUGUUUACUUUGCACGAAUGAUGAAUAAUUGAAGCGACGAACAA